AUGGCUAUGAACAGCGCCGCGCCGGCCCCCGUGCUGCCCAGUGAGCUGCAGCAGGACCACAAGGCCGUGGGCGCCAAGGUGCGCGUGGUCACCAGCGGCCAGGAGAGCUUCGAGGGCAUCAUCUUCACUCUGGACCCCGUGGCCAACUUCCUCGUGCUCGAAGAGCAGGACGGAGCCAAGAACAAGACGCGCAUCUUCCAGCUCGAGGCGCUGCAGAAGGUGGAGGUGCUGGAGCCGGCCCCCGCCGGACUGCAGCUGACGCUGCCGGCCAUCAGCGAGGAGGAGCUGCAGCGCCUGGAGCAGCGCAACAAGGGGCUGGCCGAGAGAGCGAUGGCUUCCAUUGGCCAGGGCGUGUCCGCUGAAGCCCAAGCGAUCUUCGAUGCGCUUAACAAAACGAUGCCGUGCGAGUGGGAAGGCGCCAACAUCCGAGUGAUGGGAGAAGUGGUGAUCAAGCCGCCGUACCAGCCGCAGAACUGCGUGAGCGCCAACACGCAAGUGCUGUCGCGGGUCAAGAAAGUGCUGGAGGGUGAGAAGAGCAAGCUGAAGAAGGCCAAGAAGUGAGCGAGGCGAAUAUGGCUGUUGCUCUAGAACAUAUCCUGCGGUCGAGGCGGUCCUCUGCUUCAAUGGGGGGAUGCACUAAUUGAUCGCUAUCGUCACGAGGGCAGGAGUUGAGAAAAAGUGUCAGCAGAAGCUCAUGUAGAAGCAAGCGUCCUGUGUACACUUGGAAGUAAUGGAGGAUGGAUGAUAUGACAUACAAAAUCUAACUGUACGCAUCG